AGGGUACCACAAACCAUGUCGGACCAGCGGACUGUUGUUAUUGCUAUUGAAGAUAGUGAGCACCCUUCGUACGCUUUUGAUUUUUACGUUGACAAUGUCCACAAGCCUGGAGAUCGUAUUGUCCUUGUCCAUGUGCCAGAGUAUAGUAGUGUAAUUACUGACUCUUCUUUAUUAACAAACACAGAAAUUCUUGCCGAGUUACUGAAAGUAACGGAAGAGAAAACACAAGAAUUGGUAGAAAAAUAUGCUUUGAAAAUGGAAGAACUGCGGGUAAGUGGAUCCGUAAAACAACAGACUGGGACACCAGGAAAGGCAAUUGUAGAAGCUGUAAAAGAAGAGAGAGCAGAUCUGUUGAUUUUAGGAUCAAGAGGGCGAGGAUUCAUUCGCAGGACGUUUUUAGGAAGUAUAAGUGAUUACUGUCUCCACCACUGUAAUGUCCCUGUAAUAGUGUGUAGACAUAAGAAAUUUAAAUGUUCUCAGAACCAAGCGUCUUUGUUAACAGACACACAGAGCCUUGCGGAACUAUUGAAAGUAAUGGAAGAGAAAACACAAGAAUUGAUAGAUAAAUAUACUGUGAAAAUGGAGAAACUGCGAGAUCAAGAGGUCGAGGAUUUAUUCGCAGGUAUAAGUGAUUACUGUCUCCACCACUGCAAUGUCCCUGUAAUAGUGUGUAGACAUAAGAAAUUUAGAUGUUCUCAGGACCAAGGUAAACAAUGA